CACGGUUGCGUUUCAACUCAAUGUUCUCUAUUUGACAUUGGUCGUGAGGGAUGCGCUCACUACCAAGGUUAUUGAAGGUUAUUUGGUUGGUCAACCAAAAACAAACGUCUACACGGUUGAUUUUUGUUCCAACCCUACCAAGGUGACCUCUGUUGGUAGUUGGAACAUAUCGUGUAUACGGCCUUUUAUUCAUUGCUGGUGACACAGGUUGACAUUUCUUAAAUUGACACUUGCCAAAAUGACAAGUACAAAAGUAAAGCAAAAUUUUAUUUUAUUUUCUUAGUUUUUAUGAAUUAAAAAUGUUGCACCGACUUAUAACUAAAUCUUUCGGGAUUAAAUUAUGUUCUCGAAAUAAUAAUGUCAUAUUUUCUUUAUCUAAACGUAACAACAGUUUGUGUAAUCAGUGUGGUUUACGAGUAUACUCUAGUCACAAAAUUUCAGCUCUAAGAAAUUAUUGCGAUAGGACUUUAUUACAUAAAAAGGAUACACAAUUAAUAAAUAUACGAUAUUACGCAAGUCAAGAUGUUGAUAAAACUGAAACAAAAAGUGAUCACAUUGAUAAGAGAAAUCAAAAUAAAACGAUAGACUCCUCAGAGAAAAUUAAUGUAAAAUUAAAGCCUUCUGAAUUAAAAAGGUUGUUAUCCCUAGCGGAGCCUGAAAAAUGGACCCUAACUGGUGCUAUAGGUUUACUGAUUAUAUCCUCCAGUGUGUCAAUGGCCAUCCCAUUUUCCCUGGGUAUGGUGUUGGACAUCAUUUACAGUGGGACCACAGAUCUGGUGUCGGCAAGGGAGAAACUCGACUCUCUCUGCCUCAUGCUAUGCGGAGUGUUUCUGGUUGGGGGUGUCUGUAACUUUGGCAGAGUCUACCUCAUGUCUAUAUCAGGUCAAAGGAUGACACAGGCGCUACGUAAACAAGUGUUUGGUGCGAUCAUGAGGCAGGAGCCAGCUUGGUUCAGUAGGACAUCUACAGGAGAGUUGGUUAAUAGGCUCUCUGCUGAUUCACAGUUGGUGGGACGAAAUUUGAGUCAGAAUGUCAGUGAUGGACUGAGAUCAUUAUUUAUGGUUGGUGCUGGGACAGGCAUGAUGAUUUACAUGUCACCAUCGUUAGCUCUUAUCGGUCUAUGUGUGGUACCACCGGUGUCAAUGUUGGCUGUGAUAUACGGACGUUUUGUGCGGAGUAUAACGCGACAGUUGCAGGACUCCCUAGCUGAAACUAGCGAGCUGGCUGAAGAAAAAAUAUCUAAUAUAAAAACGGUGAAGACAUUUAGUAAGGAGAACAAAGAAUGCGAGUCCUACGCACAAAAGAUAGAAAAUAUUUUGCAACUUGCGUACAAAGAAUCGUUGGCUGUGGGCAGUUUUUAUGGAUUGACGGGUCUAUCGGGCAACACGAUAAUAAUACUAGUGUUAUACUACGGAGGUGGUAUGGUAGCGGCAGAACAGCUGACUGUGGGGAACCUUACAUCUUUCCUCCUGUAUGCUGCAUAUGUGGGCAUCAGUAUAAGCGGCCUGAGCAGUUUCUAUACCGAGUUGAAUAAGGGCAUGGGCGCCGCGACUAGACUGUGGCAGAUUAUAGACAGAGAGCCGAUGAUAUCGACAGGUGGCCUAAGACCGAAAGAGAGACCGACUGGUGAACUAAUACUCGACAAUGUGACAUUUUCCUACUCCGAUGCACCUCUAAUCAAGGGGAUGACUCUUAGAUUAUCCCCUGGCAAAUCAAUAGCCCUAGUAGGCAGGUCAGGAUGUGGCAAAAGCACGGUUGCCGCGUUACUACUGAGGCUGUAUGAUCCUACAAGUGGUAGGGUCAUGUUGGAUGGGAUGGAUAUAAAGAGUUUAGAUCCCGUAUGGCUGAGGAGUCACAUAGGAUAUGUUAGUCAGGAGCCAGUGCUAUUUUCUGGGUCUAUAAAAGAUAAUAUUCUGUAUGGAGCUACAGACGAACAGUCGGACGAGGAAUUGGAGCGUCUCUGGUCGUGUGCAGCCCGGACCGCCCAACUUCAAGAUCUAAUAGCGGACGGGGGGUGGCGGCGCGGCGUCGGCGCGGGCGGCUCGCAGCUCAGCGGCGGACAGAAGCAGCGCGUAGCCAUCGCCCGGGCCAUACUGAAGAAUCCGAAAAUUCUCAUCCUAGAUGAGGCUACGUCGGCGCUUGACACAUAUUCAGAGUACUUAGUCGACAAAGCCCUCAAGGAGAUCAGCAAAGACCGAACCGUACUGACUAUAGCUCAUCGACUGAGCACCAUACAGUCGGCAGACGAAGUCGCAGUCAUAGACGACGGGGCGAUAGUAGAACAGGGGACUUACAAGGAGCUGAUGAUGAAACCUAACGGCUAUUUCAAGGACCUUAUAGCACACCAAACAUUCUCUGCUGCUAAGAAAACGAGGGAAUAUAGCUAAGGCUGUUUACUCACUGACGCCGUGAAGCGAAAAAGUGCGAAAAGCUAUUGAGUGAGAUGGAACAUAAUGCUUUACCAUGUCAGGUGUGAGAGGGUAGAUAUUAUGCUUUUUGUGCCUGGCGGCUUCGGUGUACAAGCAGCUUAAAACAUAGACCAAAUAAAAGGUGAAGACAGUGUUUUAUUAUAACGAAACUACGGCUGAAUGAGGGUUUUCGAAUAUCAUUUGUCAUCAGAGGGACGGUAGGGUCUUUCGUGUCAAAUGUCGUGUCAGACAGACAUAUGACACCCAUAUCGUAACAUGUGUAAGCUAUUUCGUGACUUAAAGACAGCUGUUUGACACGACAAUUGACACAAUAGAUCCUAUGGCUACAUAGUGCAUUUGUCCCUCAUUUAUACCGGCGCGGAAUGGAAUGGAUGCUACUUUUUGCAACGAAACUGUACAUAGCACAAUGAACUUUAUGUCAACAGAAUAACACAUAAAUUUAAUACGAGCCAAAGAAUUUAACACGCGUCUUCCGCGGAAUUCUCGAGAAUUCUCCGGUGCCAAUUUCCUCGCAUGAGGCGAAAUUGACGCUUCCAUUCAGUUCCAUUCCGCGACGGUGUAAAUUGAGCCUACGCCUUGACUUUGAUGACAUUUCACAAAUUGCAAAUUGUUAAAAAAUAUUACUUAUUUAUUAUUCCUAUACAAACAACACAAAUGCGCAGAAUGCAUUUGAUUUAUAUCCAAUCAUUUUAAUUACCUCUCGUUGGAAACUGGUCUUUGUACCCUCAUAAUGUUUGCAUUGUUUCCUAUGGUGUUGUUAUUAAACGGUUUAUUAGUUGCUGAAUGAAGAGAAAAAAUUAAGGUCGUACGUUGUGAUAUGAAUAUUUUUUAUUUAAGUAAUUACCUUAUUUUCAUAAGGUUGAAUAAAGCUUCUGCAACAAUAAAAUUAAACCCGUUUUGCAAUCGCACGCCAUAAUAUAAUAAAAUAGGAAUUUUAGGCGCCAAUUUUUGACAAUGACAUAUUUGUUUUUUUUUUAAAUAUAAAACUGUUUAUUGCAUUAGCAAUGUUACAUUAUGUUAUUAGACAAUUAAUUAUUGUUGUGAUAAUUUUAAAUAUUUUAUAUUAUUGAAGCUGCAAAGCUAAAUAAGAUAGUUAGUACUUGGUUGUAUGUAGUGUAUAUUGUGUCAUGUUUAAAUUGUACAACUACGGGUAAUGGAUUAUUUAUGAUUGGUUUAAUAAAUGGUUGUUAUUUUUAA